AUGCACGUGGAACUGGGCCAAAGUCAAGGCUCAGCCCAAGGAUUGCUUUUGUCCCUGAUGGAUCUCACUCGUAUAUGCUUAAAUGUGAUUGUAUGGCUGAGUGUGUUUCUCGCCAUAUUGGACAUGGGCUGCAAUGCGUUAAUUUUCAAGCUUGAGCCCAAUGCCCGCAAGUGCCUGAGUGAGGAGGUUCACAAGGAUGUCCUUGUGGCAGGAGAAUAUACAAUAUCAGAAGGAGCUGGUCAGCAGACUGAUCUUCAGGUUACAGAUUCUAAAGGGAAUAUCUUGGUGAAUCGAGACAACACUCAUGGAGGAAAGUUUGCCUUCACAACUGAUGACUAUGAUGUUUUUGAAGUUUGCUUCAUCAAUAAAGUUCCCCAUGCAUCAGGUAUAAUAUUAGUGUUUUUUGUUUUGCAUGUCAGUUUCUGUGAAUUGACAACUACUAUUACUAAGAUUGGGAUAUCUCUCCAUUUUAUUCCAGGCACUCAUUUGACAGCCCAAGAAGUUCACUUGACCAUCAAGCUUGGGGUUGAAGCUAAAAGCUAUGAAAAUUUGGGGGAAGCAUCAAAGCUGAAACCUCUUGAAGUAGAACUGAAGAGGCUUGAAGAUCUGAGUGAAUCCAUUGUUCAAGACUUUGCUUAUAUGAGACAACGUGAAGAGGAAAUGAGGGAUACCAAUGAAUCAACAAACUCCAGAGUGUUGUACCUGAGCAUUUUCAGUAUGUGCUGUCUGCUUGGACUGGCCACCUGGCAGGUGUUGUAUCUUCGCAAAUAUUUCAAGUCUAAGAAACUCAUUGAUUGAACAAUUAGAUUGCUCAUAACAUUCACUUUGUUGGACAUAUGGGUGUGAUGAUGCAAAUAUGAGUGGAAGUUCUUGAUGUCUUUGAAAUGUGCACUAGAGUGGACUGUUUUUCUGCCCAUGCAGUCUGUAUGCCCAGAUGACACCUUCAGGAAAUCAAUCAGCUACAGCUCUGACUUUUAACUUGAUUGAAUUAUGAAAUUUCCUUUGGGAAUAAAGACUGAGUACGUUGGAUGAGUUACAUUGGAACGAAGUCUCAUCAAUAAAAAUAUACCACUGACACCAACCCAGUUUUGCUCCCUCCACAAGCCCAUGCUUGUGAAUGAGUCUGGCUCCAGAAGCUGCUAACAGGGAAUCUGUUCAGAUUGGGUCUAUGGGAAUGCCAUUUUCAUAUGAAU